AUGGUGACGGAACCGCACAAGUCGAUGAUAACGACACGACCGUCAACCGGAUACUCGCUGAUGGAGAUCCGAGCACACACCGUCGGCAGUCAGUUGUCGGUGGUGCUGGUCGAGGUGCUCGAACGCUACUUCGUACGCAAUCACUCGGUAACGAUGAUCGAGCGGUUGGCGGUGGAGGGCCGCUUGACGUACGAGCUGCAGUCGGACAUCGUAGACCAAGUAAUGCAAGGCACGGCGGACAGCAUUGCUUACAUCUUCCGCUCACCGGCUGCCCUCAACCGAGUACGCCGUCCUGCUCGCUUCAACCUUUUCUUUCUCGACGGGUUUGCGGCAUUCGAGCGCGUGUUCGCGGCGCUCGAUCCCGCCCAGCACGAUUACUUCGGCUACUACCUCCUAGUGUUAACUCAGCUUGACGAUCAUUUGCUACCGGCUACUCUGCAACGGCUCUUUGCCCGGCUGUGGCGGCUGAACAUCGUUAACGUUAACGUGAUCGCGAUGGUUCGCGAUGGUGAUCGCAGCCGGUUGCAGCAGGUCCUGCUGUACACCUACUACCCAUACCGGGCGGAUGGUUGUGAGCGCAUCACACCGCAGCUGCUGCACCGCUACGAGCAGACUGACGUAGAUGGUUCCGGAUCGUCGUCGCCCGCGCUUGAGCUGUUCCCGGACAAGCUGGCCAACCUGUACGGUUGUCCGCUCACGGUCGCUACAUUCCAGCUGCCGCCGUUCGUGAUGCUGCAGGGCAAUACGUCGGAUGCAACGGCAACACCAACACUGAUCGGGCUCGAGGGUGAUCUGGUGCGCGCCCUCGGAAGGAAGCUCAACUUCAGUCUACGCGUGUUGACUCCCCAUGAUGGGUACCUGUGGGGUCGAAUAGGCCGGAAGAACGAUCCGGACACCGCCACCGGCUGUAUCUGGCUUGUGCGCACCGAGCGCGCCAAUCUGACGUUCGGUCGAUUCGCGAUCAGGGGCGAUCGAAAUGCGGUGAUGCGGCACGGUCUGAGUUACUAUGCGAUCCGCAUGAUGGUGGCGGUUUCACCCGGCCGGGCCUAUACACCCUUUGAGAAGCUGUUCCUACCGUUCGCGCCCCGCACCUGGGUCGCCGCCCUGUUCAUGCUAGCCGGUGCGACCGUCUUUAUCGCCGGGCUCGAGUGGUGUCGGGUGUCACGAGCAUGGCUCGCCUUUCUCUAUGGGCGCCGUGUCCGGGCACCGCUUCUCAAUCUGCUCAAUGUGUACUUCGGGGGACCGGUGCCGCGUGACCCAGGCCAGACUUUCGCUCGCACCAUCCUGAUGCACUGGAUUCUGUACAGCUUUGUGAUGCGCUCGGUCUACCAAGGUCUACUGUACGACUAUCUGCAGGCACGGCGCAACUACAGCCAUCCGCGUACGCUCGCCGCCCUGCUCAAUCGGGACUUUCGCUUCCUAUCGAUGAACGGUACCGCCAGCUACCUGCAACCGCUGCGCGGUAUACUGGAAAGGACGCACUGGCUGCCGGAUGAUGAUGUGUACGUGCAGCGUGCGCUGGAUGUGCUGGCUGGAUAUCGCGACCGGACUGCGCUCAUCGUCGAUAGUGAUCGCGUAGCGUACUACAACCGAAACCAUUAUCGCACCGGGCACGUCCAUCUGGUCGGAACCGUGUUGGUGCGGCUACCGAUCGGGCUGUACUAUCCGCGCAAGUCCUGUCUGACCGACACAUUCGAUCGGUUGAUCGACCAGAUGGUAAUGUCGGGCUAUUUCACGCACCAUUUGCGCCGUUACGUAAGCUAUAGCUCCCUGUACCGACAAAUCCAAGCCGCCAGCCAUCCUUUACUGGCGCCGCUUACCAACGAUCAGCUGUUCGGGUGCUACGAAUUGCUCGGUGGGUUCCUGCUGCUCGCGAGCGCCGUUCUGCUGGCCGAGAUGGCUGCACCGACUGUCCGACCGAUAUUCAUAUUUCUUUCGGCAUCUUCCAGUUUGCUAGGAGACUAUCCCUACGUUUUUGCGUACUAUCCCUUACAUAAUCCGAUUAAAGAUGAAUUAGUCUCCAGUCAGAUACACCAACAGAACGAAUUGUAG